CUUUGCACCCCUAAUCUCAAAUUUCAAAUUUCUCAUUGAGAUAUGGUAAAAUAAGAUAGAUCCAUGCAAAUAUAGUCAUGGCUGGAAACUGAACUAAACUCGCUUUACUCUCCAUCAUUACUAUUUACCAACUUCAGAUCUUCUUUCUCUAAUCGAAUCUCCAUAAACCCUACGUUACUCCUUUUUUCUGUAAAUGGGUUGGAACCUCUUCUUCUGGCUUGGGAUUUGUUUCCCCUCCAAUAUUGCUCUUCUCGCUUCAAAUUUCUACCAGGUUUUGAUUUUAUCUGACUUGGAAGCUGACUAUAUCAACCCAUUUGAUGCUUCAUCUCGGAUUAACUACUUCAUUCUUCCUGAGUUUAUUGGACAAGGAGUUUUAUGUGCACUCUGUCUCUUCACUGGUCACUGGCUCAUGUUUUUUCUCAAUCUUCCUCUUGCUUGUUAUCAUGUCAUGCUGUAUGUGAAAAGAGAGCAUCUUAUUGAUGUUACUGAAGUGUUUAGAGUACUCAAUGCCGAGAAGAAAUUCCGGAUAGCAAAACUUGCUUUGUACUUAAUAGUCCUCAUUGUCACCAUCUUCAGGCUUACAUUGAUUGGUGUCUACUAUUUAGGCCUCGAACACGAUGAUGACUUGGCAUAUCUUUGGUAACCCAUGUGUUGUUGGCAGCGCCUCCUUUUUUGUGGUAAAUUGUGAUUUGAUCUGUACCAUUGUUAGGUUUAGAACUUAGAAUUCAGCUGCUCACAGAAAUAGAAAAUCUUAGGCACUCUCAUUUGAACGAGGUUGCAUACCUAUGUGUUAAGGGUAUGUUUGUUGUGAAAAUGUAUUAUGAAAUAUUGAUGUUAAAAAUCGAUUUUGUUUUGGCUGUUAAUGAUGAUAGACUUUAGAAGUA